ACAAUUGUAGGAGUUCACCCGGCAACAAUAACUUUCACCAACAAUUGUCCAUACACAGUUUGGCCAGCAACCCUUACCGGUGGUAAUAGGCCUCAGCAGUCAACAACUGGCUUUGAGUUAGCAACAAAAGCAACCCAAUCUCUAGAUGUUCCAGCCCCAUUCACCGGAAGGUUUUGGGGCCGAACUGAAUGUUCUACCGAUUCAACUGGAAAGUUCACAUGUGCAACUGGCGAAUGUAGCUCCGGACAAAUUUCAUGCAACGGUGCUGGAGGAAAUCCACCGGUUUCUCUUAUAGAAUUCACUUUAGCAGAAAACGGCGGUAAAGAUUUCUACGAUGUUAGUCUUGUUGACGGUUUUAACGUGCCAAUGUCAGUCUCUCCACGUGGUGGCUCCGGUGAUACAUGCAUUCCAGCUAGCUGUGCAAGAAAUGUGAACUCCGAUUGCCCUAAUGAGUUAGCUAUUAAAGCGCCGGAUGGAAAUUCUGUGAUUGGUUGCAAAAGUGCAUGUGUAGCAUUUAAUCGCCCAGAAUAUUGUUGCACAGAAAACUUUAAUACGCCAGCUACUUGCAAACCCACCAAUUAUUCAAUGUUUUUCAAGGAUCGGUGCCCUCAAGCUUAUAGCUAUGCUUAUGAUGAUCCGACAAGCACAUUUUCUUGCGUUGGUGGAGCUAAUUAUGAUAUCACUUUCUGUCCAUGAAGAAUGACUUUGCAAUAAAUCCACAAAUAGUGUUUGGAUUAAUUAAAUAAUUCAAUAAAAGCAAGUAAAAUCUUCAUGUAAUAGAGAGAAUGAAAUAUUUUUAUUUCUAAUGCAAUAUUAAUAUCUUUUCUUUUUCUUGAUGAA